AUGGAGCUCCAGGUGGCUACCUUAGGAUUUUUGCCCAAUCUGAACUCUCCCACCGCUCCAUCGACGUUUUCUCAAGUCAAUGGCGGUGGUGUAUUUAUCACUGCAGCACCGCAAGGAUGCUUCUUCGACACUCUAUACCACGCAGUUUCGUUCGCUUCUCUUAGCUGUUUUGACCGUGUACUAGAAAAGGAUGUUUUUCUUACUUUCGGUCAAAUCCACGAAGACAUCACUGAAGCGGUGUUCGGACUCGGACCACCCACUCGUGUGCUCUUGAUGCAGUUGCAAAAAAGGAAAGGAACUCUGAUCGCUAAGCGAUCAUUCCUGCAUCAGAUACGGCGCAUCGCUUUCUCAGGAAUAGGAGAGCUGUUGGCUCACCUUGAUUCAUCCAAAGGUCUCCGAAUAAGCGAUCAUUCCUGCAUCAGAUACGGCAAACAAGAAAUACAACCCUCACAUCACGAUGACAUCAUCGAACUUCACAACGCGCCUCACAAGAAACCAAAAGUGGAUGGAGCCCGUGCUUUGGCCAACGAACUCACCAAUCUUGCCGAGCUCAUCAUCUAUUCAUGGAGCUUCCCAGGAUCUCAUUACUCCUUUUGGUUCGUCGACAGAAGUUCUCCUUCGGAUGUCGAUCCAUCAAAAGCGUCAAUCGCGCUCGGGGAAGACUUGGUCUUCAAGACCCUCAUGGUUAUUAUGAGCCGGAUAUUCGAAAGGCAGCUCUCGCUCCGGUACAAAGCCGUCGAAACUGCCGUGCGGCUCCGCCGCACCUGCGAUCAUUUUAACACGGCCCUAACGGCCAUCCAACGUGUGGAGAACCGCCUGGGGACGAAGAAGAAGCCAGACGGGGAAGCGGUGGAGCUUGAUAAGGCGAAGACUCUUCGCAAGAUUCUGGGUGUCCUCAUGGGCAUCUAUGAUGUCAUGCGUUUUACCUUUAACCGCUCUGCUUUCGUACACAGGCACCUUCCUCCUAGCAACCGGAGACGCCAUUGUAAAAUAUCCAUCUGCGAACAAUCUGGAUAUCGCAUACCCUGUGAGGGACGGAGUAAUUACGUGUCGACGUUUCGCUCCAAAUCCGGUAUCGUCCUCGUCAUCGUUGCCGCGAAGAUCUUCACCAGCCGGCUGGCAGAACUUACCAAGCUUAUCGAUUUCUCAAUUCGCAAGAUCAUGCAGCUACGCGUUUUCUAUGCUCAUUCUGUUAAUCGCUGCAAGAACGUCAACGCUGAGCCUCUUUUCAUGGAGAACAGGCAUCUGCUAAAAUGUAUCAAGGAUGGCAGCGCGAAGCCUGGUCAAGAAAGGUUUCUUGUCCUAACAACUCCGGUGUGCUACGACAAAUAUGUGCAAGGCAUUCUCAAGAGCGGAUGGGUGCACAACUUCUCCGCUGGUCAAAUCUAUGUUGAUGAAUUCCAUGAAACGAAAUCGGAUGACGCGCCGUCUUAUGGAGGUGCGAUCAGUGCUGAUGAGCCAGGGUUCGGUAAGGUUUGUAUUCUCGUUUCCUUUCAAGUGCCCGACAGCAUUCUGUGA